AUGGCUCCCUUACUUGACAUUCUCUCCGUCCUCGCUGUUAGCAUUGCUACUGUCAAUGCUAAAGCUUGGGACUCUUCUUUGUUCACGACAUCUCCUCCAGUCUACCCUUCUCCUGAAUUACAAGGCACAGGAUGGGAAGAGGCUCUCAUAAAAGCUAAAUCCUUCAUCGGUAACCUCACAUUAGAAGAAAGAGUUUCACUAUUGACUGGUUCAGAUGGACCUUGUGUUGGUAACAUCGCACCAAUCCCACGUGUUGGAUUCAAGGGACUUUGUCUUCAAGAUGGUCCACUUUCCUUGAGAGAGGCUGAUUAUGUCACCGUUUUCCCUGCUGGUCUCACUGCCGCUGCAUCCUGGGAUAAAAGUCUCAUGCACACACGAGGAGAAUACCUUGGUGCUGAGUUUCGUGGUAAGGGUGCACAUGUCUACUUGGGACCUGUAGCUGGUCCACUUGGUAGAAGUGCCAUGGCAGGAAGAAAUUGGGAAGGAUUUUCCCCAGAUCCCUAUCUGACUGGUGUUGCUAUGGAAGAGACAAUCAUUGGUGUUCAGUCUCAAGGUGUUCAAGCCAGUGCUAAACAUUUCCUCGCCUAUGAACAAGAGACCCAACGAAAUACUGCAGAUAUUUUCACUCCAACCUGGUAUCCAAAUGCCACCCAACAAAUGUCUGUCUCUUCAAACGUUGAGGAUAGGACUAUUCAUGAGUUGUACUUGUGGCCAUUUUACAAUGCCGUUCGCUCUGGUGUCGCAAAUGUCAUGUGCUCUUACAACAGAGUUAAUUCAUCCUACGCCUGUCAAAACUCUAAACUCUUGAAUGGAUUGCUCAAAACUGAGCUUGGUUUUCAAGGAUUUGUUGUAUCUGAUUGGAUGGGAACACAUGCUGGUGUUGACUCUGCCAAUGCUGGUUUGGAUAUGACCAUGCCAGGAGCUCAAACUUGGAAUGCAAUGGCCCCUGGAGUAGCAUCAUACUUCGGUGGCAACCUUACUACUGCUGUGAAUAACGGUUCCGUUACUCUUGACCGCCUUAACGAUAUGGCCCUUAGAGUUAUGACUCCAUACUUCUUCCUCGGACAGGAUCAAGAUUUCCCUCUUAUCGAUGGCUCUACCGGUACCUAUCCAGUAAUGAAUGAUUUCAAUAACCCAGUUAAUUUCGAAUCAGACUGGGUUACUGCAAUGGGUCCUGCCGAUGUUGAUGUUCGUGGAAAUCACAGCUGGUUGGUUCGUGAACUCGGUGCUGCUGGAACUGUGCUUCUCAAGAAUACCAACAAUGCACUCCCUCUUAAUGCUCCCAAACGUAUUGGAGUUUUUGGAAAUGCUGCCGGAGAUUUAACAAAUGGUCCUUAUGCCCAUGAUAAAGACUAUGAAUACGGAUGCCUACCAAUGGGUGGUGGUUCUGGAUCUGGAAGACUUUCUCAACUGAUUUCUCCUCUGGAAGCUAUCAAGGCUCGUGCUGUUAAGGAUGGCUCAAUGGUACAAUAUAUCUUGAACAAUACUCAAUUAACCACCGCGGGAGGUUUCAAGAAUAUGAUAUACCCCAUCCCAGACGUAUGCUUAGUCUUCAUUAAAACAUACGCAAAGGAGGGUGAUGACCGAACAUCCUUAUCAUUUGAUUGGGAAGGAGAUUCAGUUGUUGAACAAGUUGCCGCAAACUGCAGCAACACAAUCGUUGUCUCCCAAUCCACCGGUAUUAACCUCAUGCCAUGGGCUAAUCACCCCAACGUUACCGCUAUCCUCGCUACUCAUCUCUCCGGUGAUCAAAUCGGAAAUAGUUUAGUUGACAUUCUCUACGGUGCCUAUAAUCCUUCCGGACAUCUCCCAUAUACUAUUGCCUACAAUGUAUCAGACUACUCAUUUGCCCCCGUCACCACCAACGUAUCCUCAUCUUCACCAGAUGCAUGGCAAUCUGAUUUCACUGAACGUCUUCUCAUCGAUUAUCGUUACUUUGAUUAUCAUAACAAAUCGGUUCUUUACGAAUUCGGUUUCGGUCUAAGCUACACAACAUUUAACCUCUCCUCAUUAGCCAUCUCUCCCAUUUCCAACGCUACCCUCUCAUCUACCCCGGCUGUCAUGGAACCAAAUUCUAGUAUUCCUGGCGGAAACCCCGAUCUCUGGACUCCAGUCUACACAGUCACUGCUUCAGUAACCAACACAGGAAACUUUUCCGGUGCAGCUGUUCCUCAACUUUAUAUCACGAUUCCGGAAACAGAAGGAGAAACUCCAGUGAAACAAUUGAGAGGAUUCGAAAAGAUUGGUUUGAAUGCGGGUGAAAGUAAGAAUGUUAGAUUUGAGUUGAUGAGGAGAGAUAUUAGUAUUUGGGAUGUGCAAUUACAGGAGUGGAGGAUUCCAGAGGGAGAGUUUGGUGUAAAGGUUGGUUUUUCGAGUAGGGAUUUGAGAGUUGAGGGAACGUUUGAGGUUUGA